AUGAUAUGGGAGCUAUACUCUCCGAUUGAGGUAUCCGAAAUUGUGAUAACUACAAAAUUUAAGUUGAGGGAUGAUGUGUUCCAGAAUGCAAAAUUUAAGUGGACUUUCAACUACUGUCGCCCCUUGAAUUCUCCAUCGCACCACCUGAAGCAUAAAGCCUUCGCACACCUGAUUCUAGUCAUUUGGUUUCGUUCGCUUCUCCCUUUGGUUUUAGGCACCAACUUGGCCUUAGUUGUGUCGUUGCUGUUAAAAAUGAAGUUAUGCCCCAAGAUGUUAGACACUAUUGAUGUGCAUCAAACAAAUAAGUGUGCAUCCCAAGCACAUUAG